GAAUCUUCUCAGUUCCACUCAGCUGAGCUCCCAUCUCCUCUCAACAUGUCCUCCAGCUGCUGCUCUGGAAACUUCUCCUCCUGCUCCCUUGGGGGCUCCCUGCGCUUCCCAAGCUCCUGUGGCUCUUCCUACCCCAGCAACCUGGUCUACAGCACUGACCUGUGCUAUCCCAGCACCUGCCAGCUGGGCUCCUCUCACUACAGGGGCAGUCAGGAGACCUGCUGUGAGCCCACCAGCUGCCAAACAUCCUGUGUGGUGUCCAGCCCCUGCCAGCCUUCCUGCUAUGGCCAGAGGACAUCCACACUCUACAGUCCCUGCCAGAGGACCUAUGCUGGAUCUCUGGGCUUUGGUUCCAGCAGCUGCCACUCCCUGGGCUAUGGAUCUAGAAGCUGCUACUCACUGGGCUGUGGAUCCAGGGGCUUCAGAUCCCUGAAUUAUGGUGUCUCUGGCUUCCCUUUCCAGGGUUUCAGAUCCAGUUUCUGCAACCCAAUUUCUUUUCUUUCUAGAAGCUGCCAGUCUUCUUGUUACAGACCAGCCUGUGGAUCUGGCAUCUAUAGAUUCAUUUGCUAA